AUGGUUGCUCCUCCUUCGCUGUCUUUUGCCAUCACCCGGACGGUGUUACGUAUGGUAUGGUGCUCGACUGGUUACAGCCAUCGCUUCAUGACUACACUUGAUCUUAGCCAAAAGGCCAAGAAGCAAUUAGUACACUAUGAACCUGUCCGAGUUGGGGUCAAAGUUCCCAAGUUACAUUCGCAGCGACAAAUUCUGGAUUCCCUGCAUUUCUGCAUCCUGACCAUCCUAUUCUCCACUGUGGGAUCCAGAGUGUCCUCUCUGGUGGUACUGGAAUUCUCUCUUCGAAUCAUUUCCAUGUUGCUUUCCAACAAUCAUGGAGACUCCAGGAAACACAUCUUCCUACUAAGCCAGUUUUCUGUGGGAUGUGGUAUGACAGCCAGCCUGAGCUACCUGAAUGAGGGGGCUCCUCACUCAACACUAAGCUUGAUGCUAAGCACCAGCCUCGCUGGCCUCUUCAUGUGGUAUGUGUGUAAGCUGGCAAAGCACAGCUACAGAAUGUAUGAAUUACACAGUAAGGAGCGAUACUGUGGGGUGUGCAUCCUCCUCCUGACCACCUGGCACCAGAUUCCUAAGCUGCUGUGCAAUGCCUUGAAAAUUGUGUUCAUCGUGGCGGAUGUGGCAGCCGUCUUCCUCAUUAACAGAGACUUCAUCACCACCUCGGAGGCAAUAAGAUUCUGGACACCCCUGACCAUCUGCUACACCCUGCUGGUGAUUUACAUGCAAGAGGAGCAGAAGCAAAAUCCAAAUGAGCAGAGUGUCUACCAGACGGUGGGUGUAAGGAUGGGUGGGCUGCUGAUUUUGACCCUGACUGUUGGGACAUGGACCGACGUGGUCCAUGUGCUCUUAUCACUGAUUGGAGAGAUGUUGUGUCUACUUCAAGCAGGAACAAUGAUGGAGGCCUGUAGACUACAGGAUUCCUCAGGAGUCAAUUCCAAGGGAAGGGUAAGACAACCCCAGGAGAGUGCACAGCAGAGAUCAAGAGUAUCUGGCACACAAAUCUUGGAUCACCAAAAAGACAGCAGCUGAGCAGAGAGUGGAUCUGAUCCUGGACUCACACAGCUUUCUGCAUCUUGGGACAGUUCUGAACUUUAACUCCUUUCAAUUAGUUUUUGAUUUGCUGUUUGUCCACUCUAGAGACUUGGAGAGAGAGGUAAAGGUUGCAGGCAGCCAGACAGGGAAUCUAUCUUUCUCUCGAUAUCAGGGUUUGUUAGUAUGUAUAAAGAGACACUGAAAACAUUGUGGGAAGUGUAUGUUUUGGGGUUACUACUGCCUCAUUAUUACACGAGGAAAGUUGUUAAUAAUAUCAAUAAUUGAGCUGAGGUGGGUUUUUCUCCUUGAAACAACAUCUGGAACCCUCACACUGGUUAGUAAACUGGGCUCAUGUU